ACGCGCGUGUCUGAGGCAGGCCCGCCCGCCAUGUUGCCGGAGGGAGGCCGGCGGCCGGGUUCCGGUUCCGGGUGAGGGCGGGUCGCCAUGGCGGUGCUGGCAGCCAACCCCAACAACCCCGUGGUCUUCUUCGAUGUCAGCGUCGGCGGCCAGGAGAUCGGCCGCAUGAAGGUGGAGCUGUUCGCUGACGUUGUGCCCAAGACGGCGGAGAAUUUCAGGCAAUUUUGUACAGGUGAAUUCAGGAAAGAUGGUGUCCCAAUAGGUUACAAAGGGAGCACUUUCCACAGAGUCAUUAAGGAUUUCAUGAUACAGGGAGGUGACUUUGUAAACGGAGAUGGUACUGGAGUAGCUAGUAUAUACCGGGGUCCCUUUGCAGAUGAAAACUUCAAACUCAGACAUUCUGCUCCUGGGCUGUUGUCUAUGGCCAACAGUGGUCCAAGUACAAACGGGUGUCAGUUCUUCAUCACGUGUUCCAAAUGUGACUGGCUGGAUGGGAAGCAUGUUGUGUUUGGUAAAAUUGUUGAUGGGCUCCUUGUCAUGAGAAAAAUUGAAAAUGUACCUACUGGUCCAAAUAACAAACCCAAACUGCCAGUGGUCAUCUCGCAGUGUGGUGAAAUGUAGAGCAAUGAAUGCAGAAAUCUCGGUAGUCACUGGUCCCUCGUUACCCAUCACUGCAGCUGCCCCAGGCUUUUCCUGCAGGCCAUAUCUGUGCUGCUGGCACUUCUACAGAAGUUUCUGAUAUUCAGGAUGUACAACUUUAAAAAAAAAAAAAAAGUUCCAGUGUAAAUAAAGCAUUUUGUUAAA